CUUUAUCGCUUCCGUGUAGUGUCGGCGGCAGCCGUGUAGACGGCGCGCCGUUACCACAGACUCAAUCCGAAAACGUCAGGAAACAUGGCUGCCGUGUGGCCUAGGGACGAAUUUCGGGUGCACCGUAGAUCGCCGAGCAAGCGACGUAACGGGACGUGCGGGCGCCCCGGAAUCUCGACGAAGAACCCUUCGUUGCGUCGCCGCUGAGUGUCACGAUGCUGCGUGGACGAUACGGAUAGGAAAACUUGGCCGCCGGAGCGCGCUUCCUGCAAGCUCGGCCGUCGUUGCUGUGUGUGUGCGUGUGUGUUUGUGUGUGUGUGUGUGGAUCGGUGACAUUUUGGAAAACACUGGCCUCCCCUGAAAGCCGAAAGGAGAUACGCUGCGGCGAGCGAAAAACGCAGGAGCGAGCAGCUUCGCGACGAAAUGCCGCGCGGCCGAGCUGACCCGUGGAACGUAAGCCUAACGUGGAGGCCAGGAAUCCGGGGUCACCAUUGACGGCGCGGCGACUUGCGCGGUCCCCUUGACAUGGAGUGCCCCCCGCGGGGCCUCCGGAGGGGCCGUCUCGUUCUAGGGGGCCGACCGCCGACGCUAGACCUCAUCGAGAACCCGCUGUACGAGGGCGGACAGCCUCCCGUGCCCGCGCCGCGAACCCUCCCGCCGGCGCGGACGCAGCAGCAGAAGCAGCAACAGCAGCAAAAGCAGACACAGCAGACAACGGCCAUGCACCACACCUACCCACCGCCAUCCCAGCAGCCGUACGGCGGCUCGCGUGGGUCGUCUGUGCCAUCCUCGAUGUCGUCUGCCGUGGUGCCGACGGGUGCCGUGGGGGCAGACGACGACGUUGAAGUCCGACGGAGGCCCAAGCUGUCACGGAGUGAAACCAUCAAGAGAUACGUGAGGAAAAGCACAGCUUCAUUUUUCGGCCUUGACGAGGAGUCUGCUCCCGAAAGCUGCCAAAGAUGGACGCUACGGCGAAAGCGACUGCUAAGCAAGCGCUACGGCGAGAUCAAGGAGCAGUACAUGCGAUCCAAGGACUGGCACCUAUCGCACCUACAACCUCUCCGCGUGGACGACACCCAGGACUCGGUCGUGCGGAGGUCCAUCUCCGCGAGGGAGACCGCGGCGGAGCCGUUUCACCGAGACCCGGUCUACAAGUUGACCUGGGACGGUCUCACCUUCCUCACGACGGAGGUGCGGAAGCGGCUGUCGGGAGGCCCGCAGCUGGCAAGGCGGGGUUCCCUCCGCCGCAGCUUCAUGCCUUCGGCGGAAGACGUCAACGUCCCCGAAGCCGUGCUCGAGGGCAGCAGCCUCGGCAGCCUCUCCCAGAUGCCCGCACCUUCCGACGAGCUGGUGGACGACGUGUUUUUCGACAAGACGCCGACCGCCACACCGUCGGUGUCGGCGGUGGCGGCGGCCGCCGCGCCUGUGUGGCCAACGCCUCGCACCCCCGUGGAGCCGCAUUCGCACUUGGCCAUCCACCGGACCAACACAGCAGCCAUGGUGCAGGGCCAGCGGAAGGAGUCCACCCGGUGGAAGAGGCCCGCCUCGGUCCACGAGGAUGUCACGGACGGUCGCCUCUCCGUCGGCAUGAACCGCAUCGGUGAUAAGGUGCUUGACUGGUGCCUGGAGAACUCCAACCGGCGCCAGUACGGAAUGGGCAUGGUGGGGAAGCUGUUGCAGAGAAGCUUCCGGCGCGACCGCAUCACGCAGGACGUGCGGCAGCAGCUGGAGGACAUCGAGGACCACAGGCCGUACUUCACCUACUGGGUGACCACAGUCCAGGUCCUGAUCACCAUCAUCUCCUUGGCCGUGUACGGCUUCGGUCCCGUCGGAUUUCACAAGACGCAGAGGACGAGCCUGGUAAUGGUGACAACGCUAACGCUGCAGCAGGUAGAUUUCUAUGAACCGGACAACUUCUGGGUCGGGCCCAGAGCGGCGGACCUGGUUCACUUAGGGGCCAAGUUUACGCCUUGUAUGAGGAGAGACCGUCGGAUCCAUGACAGCAUAGCCAAGGACCGGCGGAAAGAGCGCAACACAGCCUGUUGCGUCCGCAAUGACCGCUCAGGUUGCGUGCAGACUUCCCGCGACAAAUGCUCGACACGAGGAAUUAUGGCUGGGGAGGUGAUUUCGACGUGGAGGAAAUGGAAUGUGAGCCAACCGGGACCACCGAGGUGGGUCGCCGAUCCGUCAGCUGUUGGUCAGGACCGGGGUAUGACCCAGCGCCGCCUGUCGGGCUCCGUCUGUGGUCAAGACCCAAGGUACUGUGAGGAGCCGGCGUCGGUGUUCCCUUUCGAGUGGCCCGACGACAUCACCAAGUGGCCCGUGUGCCGUCGCUCGCACGCCAGCCGCAAGGUGCCCGACGCGCACAUGUCGUGCGAGGUGGUCGGCCGUCCCUGCUGCAUUGGCGUGUAUGGCGAGUGCCACAUCACCACCCGCGACUACUGCGACUUUGUUGGCGGGUUCUUCCAUGAGGAAGCUGCCCUCUGCUCACAGGUCUCCUGCCUAAACGAUGUGUGCGGCAUGAUUCCAUUUGUCAACCCUGAAGUGCCUGACCAGUUCUACCGGUUGUGGACUUCGCUGUUCCUCCACGCAGGGAUCUUCCACCUGUCGAUAACUGUGAUAGUGCAGCUGUUUGUGAUGCGUGACCUGGAGAAAUUGGCGGGCCCUGUGCGCACAGCGGUGAUCUACAUGUGCUCCGGAGUGGCCGGAAACCUGGCCAGUGCCAUCUUUGUUCCAUACAGGGCCGAGGUGGGUCCAGCGGGCGCACAGUUCGGCCUGCUGGCCUGCCUGUUCGUCGAGGUGAUCCACUGCUGGCAGAUGCUGAAGCGGCCGAGUGCCGCCCUGCUCAAGCUCGGCGCAGGCGCCGCCGUGCUUUUCCUGCUGGGCCUGCUGCCGUGGGUGGACAACUAUGCGCAUGUGUUCGGCUUUGUGUUUGGCUUCCUGAUGUCGUACGCGCUGCUGCCCUACGUCUCGUUCGGCAGCUACGACCGGACGGCCAAGGUGGCCCUGAUUUGGGCCUGCCUCAUCGUGUCGGUAGCCCUGUUCGUGGGGCUCGUGCUGCUGUUCUACGUGCACCCCAUUUACGAGUGCUCCUUCUGCCACUAUCUCAACUGCCUGCCCCUCACCCGGGACCUGUGCGACAGCCACCGCAUAAACAUCACCCGCCAGGACACGUGAUCGUGGCCCCUCCCCACCCGUUGUCGCCCUUGCCGGUGACUCCCCGCCGCGGCUUCGUUGUCGCCGUCGCCACCAAAAGCCGUUGCCGAAGCCUGCACGCGCACGUGCGGACGUGUCUCGAAGAGAGUUCUCUCUCUCUCUCUCCCAGUGUCGGCCUUUGUUGAAACGAGGCUCGCGUCAACAUCUGAGCAGUGCCUGUGACGGUCGAGAGACCGUGCGCGUGCGGAGAAGGAAGGCGGUCUUGUCGCGUCGGUUAGAUGCAGCAAUAUGGAGCGUGAGGCAGUUUAAGGGCACAGAACAGCUCGGCCAGGAGAGCCAGGGCUUAAGUCGCUCGCGAGCGUUGCGAAGCCGAGUCGUUUGCACGAGCGAGUCUCGCUCGUUUUGCGUGUAGGAGUCGGUUUACCAAUGCAGCAGUGAUGAAAGGCAGUGAGUCAUUGCCAUCUGCGGAUAGAACGGUUAACAGUGGUGGUAUCACUAGAAAAAAAAAAAAGAAACCGCUGAAGUGGUCAUCAAAUGAUGUCGUCAUGGGACUUACUGAGGCCGGUCGGGGUGUACCAGUAGUUGCCGCAACUGUGGUAGCGAGUAUUGUCGCAUGUGAGAGCAGACGACACAUUCCACGUGCUUGGCGCGGGUUGGCCUCGGGCAAGUUCUACGACGAAAGCGUUCGACAGCCACUCAGGCUGCACCUGUGGCAAUGGUACAACAAACGCCACGUACUGUAGGAGCAGGAGAGUGGCACCUGAUACUAGUCCGCCUAUGAAGUGGUUCAGAAAUUGGCUGCACUCACGAAGUUAAAAAAGAAAGCAGCGUAAGGAUAACUUAUUGCAAAGGAAACCAGGAAGUUACCUCGAACUGUCAGAAGCAUGUUGGGCCACCUGCACGAUUGCUCCUACACUGUCUUCUAAACAGUAUUGACGGGUGUUGCAGCUGACUUAACAGACGACUUCCCAUGUGCCUUGGUCUCGAAGCAACAUGGGAAAAUGGAGAAUCUGCAGGGGCAAAGUGCAGGUAAACAAGUGCCCGCAGAAACUGAAAGUUCUUGGCUCUUCAUCAUGUAACGGUGGGGACGGCAGAGGACAGAGUGUGGUCACAAGGCUUGAUUGUGAGCUCGUGCACGCUAUCGGCGAGUCUGUUGGAAGAAAAGAAAGUUUCGCCAAUGCCGAGCUUGCGUGCAGCGUUCAGUAUUUCGAUGAGAGAUGGCGCAAGAUCACUCUCUCUUCGACUGGUGAGUCACAAGACUUAGAGCCGUUGCAGUCGCCGUCAGCGACGGCAUUUGCGACUGACAGGGUUGCACUGGGCAUUCCAGACUGUUUCACGAAGCAAGCGAUGGGUCUGUGAAAGUUGCUGUUGUUUUCUCUUCUUUCUUUCUUUUAUAUAGCAGGACUAUCCUGCAAGGCGAGUGAUGUUGUGCGAUGUUUGUCUCAUGGCUUUGCUUUCGAGAGUGACUGUUGUUGGGAGGCCGAAGUGAUGAGAAGGCGCUGCUGGUCGUGUGUGAGGAAGCUUUGAAGCGAGACUAGCGAGGCUAAAACGAGGCAAGACCUGUUGGAGCCUUCAGCGCGGAAGACGACGAUGCAACUCGUCUUCCAGAAACGCCAUCCAGCUGUUAAGCGUUGGAAAAAACAAAAAGGACGGAGUGAUCGCUCGGUUGAGAGGCACGGGCGAGAAAGGACUUGUCGUUGUGCUCGCCGAAGCAUACUUGUAUCUCUGUGCAAGAAUUUGCCUGCCGGCUUCUGCAGGCUUGUGUUCAUUGAUUGCGGGGGGGGAAAUGGCAAACCUUUCCUCCGCACUGUUCCUCUUUUGUUUUCAUCCCAUCUUGUGCGUGGUGAUUGUACAGGGCAGGAUGUGGUGGACUGUGGUGCUUGGUUGACAAGGACUCCACGAUGCAGGAUAGUAUACUUGUUCAACGAUCCCAGUUUUCUUCUUUUUUUUUUUUUUUGCUGUGGAUGUUCUUUCUCAAAUGUGCGGUGGUGACGUGUUGACUGUUAUUUCACGCCGGUUUCGAGAUGGAGAGAGCUUUGCAACAACGUCCUUUUUGUUGGCGGCGAUGUGGCGUCGUGUGUGUAGCGUACCGUAUUUGGCCUGACGUCUGUGGAUCAUGCCCCCCACCCCCUCCCCUUCCUUCUUUUGCCCUGCCAUUUUUACUGUUAUAUACACGGUUUGAUUUGAUAUUGGAAGGCCAACCCUGUUGCUUUUCUUCAACUACAAGUUUUACAACGCGUUGUGCUAUGCCAGAAGAUGCAAUUCAGUGAGUUGUGACAACUUCGUUUUUCUUGUUUCUACCUGAGCUAAUAGUGCAAAAAAAAAUCUAUUAAGUGGCUUUUACUGUCAAAUUAGGUCACAGGGCGCCUUUAUUUCUUCUAGCUUUUGUUUUUAGAGUUAUAUAAUUGUGAUAUACUACUGGUUAUAUUUAGUAGUUUGUGUUUCUAUGUUUUUAGAUGUUUAUCGAGGAAACUUCCUGUUGAUUCUAGUCAGAUGCACUCUGACCUCCCAUUGUCGUAUGGCUUAUGCUGUUGCAUGUGAUGCCGAUCAUUUUCAGUUGUUUGUGUUUUAAUCUUGAAAGAUAGUUCCGGUAACACUAGUCUCAGUUUGUGACAGACUUUGCACAACCAAAUUUGAUAGGCAUUGCCUGACAGGCCUUGUACUCCAAAGUUUGUAUGACAAAGUUUGACAAACCUUGAAUGUCAUACCUCAUUAUGACGAAGCUGCAACCGACACAAACGUACCUUCGGUUUACUUGGAAAUUUUUCGUAACGACACAUGCCGACAUCGGCAGAAAAAAAAAAAAUCACAAUUGGGUGUGCGUGAAAGAAAUGUAAGCCUAUUGCCUCUGACAGGCCAGUGAAUGGCCUAUUGUCAAUUUUGAUCACCCGUCGGUGGCUUUACGUGCUCAAACAUUGCACGUGAACAAUAAUAAAUUACAAACGCACUGGUGCACCUUCGUUAAUAUGAAAUAGUGCAACCGAUAUGAUCGCACAGGAUAGGCACGUUGGCUUGUUGUCUACAGGCCAGCCAGACCAAGUGAUUGGCUAAAACCUAAGUGAUUGGCAAGUCCUGAAUCGAGUUGUUGCAAGAAUGAAGUCAUAUAGAGUAUCUCCCGCUGAGUAUUUGACAUUUUAGUUACCAGAAUACAUACAUUAAGCUGCCAAGUAAACAAAUAUUUGCUUUGCUGUAACGGAUAUUGUCUCGGGUUCCAUCAUUUUUGGUUUUGUUUUAGAAGUAGAAUACUCAUUGAAAUGAAGCACAGCAAACCAAAUUUUAGGUUUACUUCGUUAUAACAGAUUUGUUGUUGCCAUGUUCAAUUACAUCCGAGGUUUGAUUGUAAAACAAAGUUUGACAAACUUUGCACGACAAAGUCAAACUUUCUGCGACAUAGUUUGACAGCAGCUUUCGUCACCUAGGUACUGUUAUUGGGUGCUAAAACGCUUGCUUUUGACCAUACAACAUUCUUGAAUGUCCAAGAACUACAUAACGAUGUUAUUAGUGUUGCUUAUUCUACCUCAUUAAUAUUACCCCUGUUAAUUACGGUACACUACUUAGUUUUAGCAUCGCUUAGCUCAUUGUAGUUUGAUCCACAUAACACUUUGUGAGCUGUUUGCAGUGACUCCACAAGUUCUGCGUGCAAACACAUUAACAUUACACCUAAGUUCUGUCUUCCCACGUGUUCUACGAAAUCUGCGCGCUUUUUGCAUAGAUAAUUAUUUUUUAAACUUUCGAUCCCAAAGAUAUUCUUGCUUUUUUCAAUAACAUUCAUCAGGAAAACUGUUCAUUCUUUCAAUCAAAUGAUAUCCAGCAAAACCGCAGGCGGUGUUUCCCAGUUGUUAUCCAUAUGACUUUUCCAGAUUGUGUAAAAUGCAUAAAUUUCAGGCCUCGCUACGAAAGUAAUCGUGCCAUUUGGUGAUUUUGUUAUGUCUAGGACCAUGUACAUUCUUGCUUUCAAUAUUAUUGGCCGUAAUGAGGUACAGUGAAACGGAAAAAAAUUAAGUGCAAGCGAAUGGCAACAGGAGCAGCAAAAUGGCAGUAUGCGGCACUGACGUGCAAGAAUCGGACAGAUAGCGAAGGUGCUCAACUCUUGCCACGUCUGCAGUGCGGGGACGUUGGCAGCUGUCGGCAACAGCAUAAUCGAUAUGGAAUCUAUUAAUUUCCCAACUAUUAUGCAAAAAAAAAAAAAACUGUGGUAUUGUUGGACUGUGCAUGCAAGUGUUUCAGGGCAGUUGUUGCUAGUUAAAAUUUUUUUGUUUUUAUGGAGUGCGUGAUAAGAAUCAUUCAGCCCUCACUGCAUGUUAUAUUAUGUGCAAAAUACCACAGACAAGGGAAAAUGCACAUGGCCACAUAGGUGAUUUGUGUGUUUUUUUUUUUCGUAAGCUGCGUGCCCCCUCGUGAUUUGUUGGGUGUAAAUUGGCAGAACUUCUGCCACUGAUUGUGCAAGUCACUGUGCACACGCAAAUGCUACUCUGUUAACUCAAGGCUGUUCAGUGAUCAAAUAUGUCACCUUUAUCGCGGGAAACGUUGAAGAAACAUUACUUUUCUCGAUUUAGCAUAAUGAAUGUAACAUGAAAUGGUAUUUAAGGUCACCAACAUAAUAUGCACCUGUUCAUUGGCAUAAUAAGUCCUACCUGGUUGUAUGGUCAUUUAGCACCAGUAGCAACAAAUGUUAGGGCAGAACUCCUUGGACCUGUGCCGAUGCCUAAGAGAAGACAAGCCCUUUGUUGGACACUCGGAACCAAGACCUUUUUUUGCACCUGCAUUAUCAUGUCUGCACCUGCUUACAAUUCCAUCGGAGCAGUUUGAGGACUUUGCAGACUUGUUUGGAAGGAAACGCUGGAAUUUUUUAAGCAAAUUUAAAUUUAUCUGGCACCUUCAGAAUGCUGCAGAUAAGAUGCAGGACUCAGCUCACGUAAGUUCUCAUCGUGAUGGCUAAUAUCCGUGCCACUGAUGCACAUAGCAUGACAGUGAGUGUUUAAUGCCUUAAGUUUAAUGCUGUUAAAUUGACGAUCAUACGUACAAACUUUGCCUAAUGUAAUCCACAACUUGAUGACCUUGCCACAACUUAUUUGCCCGUUGACUGCGUGUGCAUUUGCGCACCGUUUAUACUGAACAGGCAUAUUUCUUGCAACGAACAGCUCUGUAUCAGGCAACAAAGUUUGUAGUACUCAUAACAUUCGGGACAUGUUUUUGUAUGGGUAUCAGCUGUUUAUAUCCUUGCUAACAGACUUGAUACUCAGUUCCUAUGUGCUUUGCUUAAAACUACAUCGUCAACAAUGAAAUAUAUAUUGAUUUCCGUAAAAUUGUUUAAAAUUUAUAUUUGGGUAAUAUUGAAACCAUUUGCAAAUUAUGUUUUCUGAUUAGAUGACAAUGUUCGUGCAAUAUUUAGCCAUAUCAGAAUUUUGAAACUUGAAGGCAUUAAAUCGUAGAUGUGUGGCAUCACCUCUGGAAUUAACACAGUAUCAGGCUGUCUCCAUAGUAGCACAAUCUUUCAAGUGGAUUUGAUACUAUGUGCCUUGCUUAAAGCUACUUUGUCAACGGGGAAGCGAUAAUGAAUACCAAUUUCCACAAAAUUGCUUUGUUAGGUUUGAGUUGCUUGAAACUACUAGUGAAACCUCGAUAGAACGAUGUUGUAGUUGCAGCGAAAAACUUUGUUAUAUCGCAAAUUUCAUUAAAUCGAGGUUCGUUAUAUCGAGGUUUGACUGUAUUUACAAAUAUUAAAUAUUUUCAGAUUACAGGACAACAUUAGUGCAUUAUUUAGCCGAAUCAUGAUCGUGGCACUUAGUGACAUGAAAUCUUGAUAUAUUGAUUUAUUACACUUUACUUCUUGGCGAGUGUUCGUUUUAUUCUUCUAUGUUCAUUCCUGGACAGACGGGUUUCUGUCGAACUCUGGAUUAAAUCUUGAUAUGCGGUCCCACCUUUGAAAUUAACAGCAUCGAGCAACUUUAAGGCAUUAGACAUUAUCAGACUCCGUGCUAAUGUGGCAGAGAUGCAAGCUUGUUUGAAGGACAACCACUGAAUAACAGUUUCUAGAACUCUUCUGUAAGUAAAAAAAGGAAUGAUGAUUAGUCAAUCUGACCUCCCAGUUCUUUCAGUCGUCUUUUCGUCAUCCCAGCAUGACCCGGUGCCUGUAGCGGGGGAAAAACAAAAAAAGACACUGUUGCUACUGAGACCGAUUGUCGGAGGGUAUUGAUGACCAAUUGAUCGCACCUCCCGUCAUUCCGAGUUCUGUCCAUUGUCUUUCCGUUAUCCCAGUGCGAGACUCAGCGCCGACGACUGUAACGAGACUUGAUCGUUGGAUAGUGUGUUGCUGUCUGGGAACGAGAUAUUUAGGACGCCUACAUUCGCCUCUCCUCUUUUUUUUUUUUUUUUUCUACUGUCACUGUGAAGUGAGCGUUCGUCGAACGGAUGAGGAAGCUAGAAAAAAACGCAUAGCUUUUUUUUUUGUGUCUCUCUCUUUGUCGUACGAGUGGUAAAGAAGCGCAAGGCUUGUAUAAACAUGUACACAGUGUAUAUAGCGAAACCGACGUAACUAACCAAAGCAAAAAAAUAAAAAAACACACCACCUCCACCUUCAACCCUCCCCCCCCUCCACCCUUCCCGUUCUCUACUGAGGGCACACCAGAGUUAACAACAUGACAAUGGGCGUGCCAAGCAAGCAACACGAGACUGCGUCGGCGAGCGUUUUUUUACCUUUCUAUACGAGGAAACGUGUUGCACCUGUUGCGCGGUGCCGGUGACAGCAACCUGCACCGAUGAUGACUCUGCGUGUUUUUGUUGUUUUCUUUUUUUCCAUUCACUGUUGGACGCUGGCUGACCGGUGGUUACCAAAAACAAAAAUCGGGCGGUGGUUUGAGGUCGAAAAAAAAAAAAAGUGACACAAAAGCAAUGAGACGCUGGUGAAGAGAUUAAAAAAAUGAAACUACCCCCUCUCCUGCAGAACCGCCUCUCUCUCUCUUUCCUGAGAAAUGUUCUCGGUUGUAAUAAAUAUAUUUUAAUAAAUGCACACAAUUGAAAGCAGCACUGGUGA